AUGCAACGAAGAAGGCCAAAAGCCAAAGUCGCUCAGAAUGAUGUAGAGAGAUCUCCUGUCCGUGAUGAGGAAAAAAUCAAACGGCGCAAACGGCGUCGAAGCGGGAACAGUCUUCGUCUCAGGGCGGCCGUUUGUCUGGUUACGUGCCUGGCAUUUACUUUGACUGCGGCUGCAGUCAAGAUGACAAUGUUCGAACAUGCUAAGGAAGCACAAAACAUCCCGCUAAUUUCUUCAGCUCCUGAAGAGGAGACCGAAGCCACCCCUAAGGCACCAGAAGACUCAAAAAUUGUUGAAUGCGAGAUAUCGACAAAAAACUGGAAUAGUGAUGAAGCUGCAAGUGGCAUUUUGAGAAUUGCAGUUCAUAAAAACGCCCCGUCAUCAGAACUAUUUCUCUAUCUGGUUUCGGAAGGGUACUAUGAUGACAACUACAUCUUUAGAGUGAUCAAAGGAUUCCAUGCCCAGUGGGGAUUCCAUACGCCAAGCGACAUGAAGCAGUGGUGGUCAAGAAUAGAAGAAAAAAGAGGCGACUUUGAUUCCGAGAACGAGAAAACUGAUCUGAAAAAUGUUAAGGGAACUGUAACAAUGAUCCGUGGUGGAGCGCCGCAAGUAUUUUUGAACCUUGGAAGUGCCCCGUGGCUGGAUGAGGAAGGAACACUGCCCCUUGGCGUUGUAGAUUUGGACAGCCUCCUUCUCGCGGACAAGAUUUACACUGGAUACACACCAGGCUCAGGCCAAAUCCCUGCUAUGAGUAAUGGAACUAUACCAGAGCUAUUUCCAAAAAUGAGUAAAGUUGAGAAGUGUUCCUUGGUCUAG